CAAAAACAGACUUUAAAAGCUGCGUGGAGUGAUGAUGAUGAGGACACUUUGUCGAAUACAUUAGCUCGGUAUGUUAGUUAUUGUUUUUAUCUUUAGACCUCCACGAGCACUAGAUAUAUUUGCGAGCAAAGUGAAUAAGGAAUGCUUAGAUGAUGCCUCGGACGAUGAUAGCUGUGUUGUAGCUCGAAAAUCUGCUGCUUUCAACCUAGAAGAAGUCAGUUCAUUACCUUACGGAAAGGAAAUUGGAGUGAGAAGACUUUAUGAUGCCAACCGUGAGAGGAGAUCCAUGGCUUCUCUCGUAGCAACAGAAUUCAAUGCACAUUAUCGCAUGCUUUUGACCGCAAGCGUCGAUAGCACUAUGGCAUUUUUCAAGGUUGAUGGUCUUGAAAAUGCACUUUUAAGAGACCGUGUAUAUGAAAAUUUCUCAAUUUCCUCAGCUAAAUUUACAGCAUGUGGUGACAAGGUUAUUUUCACUGGAAAUACCGGUUCUUUCCGAAUGUACAAUUUAGAAACUGGGAGUGAAAGUCGUGCAAGGCGGUUCAUUGGUAUGCCUUAUGAUGAAGUAAUCAAUAAGUGUGCAGUUUCACUGGCUUCUCCAAAUUUUGCUGCUCUUGGAACAAAUGGUAGUACAGUAUACUUAGCUGAUUUACGGAGUUUGGAAAAGGUCGCAUUCAUGCGCGGUAGCGGUAUGAUCAAUUCACUUUGUUUCGCUCAAGAGGGAACAUUUCUACAUACUUAUGGAGCUGAAGGUUCCGUGUAUGUCUUUGAUCUGCGCAGUAAUAAAGCUAGAAUUAUUCAUCACUGGUUUGAUCAAGCUAGUACAAAUGGCUUAUCUAUUGCCGCCUCACCUAAUUCUCAAUGGAUAGCUUGUGGAUCAGACAGUGGUUAUGUCAAUGUCUACAAAUGGAAUUCUACAAUGAAUACACAUAAUCCAGAGCCUGAAAAGGCGAUAGACAAUCUAGUCACUGGAGUGGAUUCUUUAUGUUUCCAUCCAUCAAAUGAAAUGCUUUGUCUUGCUUCAUCACAACGUCCAGACGCUAUUCGAUUGUAUCAUGUCAACGAAGGUCUUAUUUUUGAAAACUUCCCUGUUCGAGUUGGUGCUUUAAAGAAACCGACAUCGGUUGGAUUUAGUCCUGGUGGUCGAUUUAUGUGCGUUGGACAAUGUGAUGGUCGAGCAGCUCUUUAUGCAUUUAGUCAUUUCAAGGAAUAUUGAUUUUUCACUCAAAAUUAUUUGUACAUAAAAAAAGCACUUUAUUAAUUUCGAGGAUUGGUCUAUUUUCCACACAGUAUAUAUAUAUACUCCAUUUCUUGAGACAAUUGUCAAGCAAAUAUCACUUAACUAUAA